CGGGCUCUGGCUUCGGUUCCAGCAAGAUGGCGAAACGCACCAAGAAGGUCAGGAUCGUCGGGAAAUACGGGACCCGCUAUGGUGCUUCCCUCCGGAAAAUGGUGAAGAAAAUUGAAAUCAGCCAGCACGCCAAGUACACUUGCUCCUUCUGUGGCAAGACCAAGAUGAAGAGACGAGCCGUUGGCAUCUGGCACUGUGGUUCCUGCAUGAAAAGAGUGGCUGGUGGGGCCUGGACCUACAACACCACUUCUGCGGUCACGGUGAAGUCUGCUGUCAGGAGACUCAAGGAACUGAAAGACCAGCAGAAGGGCUACCGUUUGAGACUUGCCUAGCCUGCAAUAAAUGGGUUAAUUUACGUUAAAAAAAAAA